AGUAAACCUGCAAAAUCACUGGUUUAUCUCGAAUUUGAGGAAAGUCUUCCAUCACGUAAUACGUUGGAUCUUCCAAAUACAUUUCAAAAUGAUAUGGCAAUAUUGCAGGGAGUAAUUGGAUCUUCUGUGCCAUUCACGUCACCAAAUGGUGUAAAAAAUUUCGUUUCAAAUGGACUUACCAUGUCUCCGACUACCACGGGAUUACAUAUGGGGCCAGAAGCAUCAUUGGCAACUUCUAAUUUUAAUAGGUUUCACGUAUCACCAAGAUUACAACCAGUAAUAGCUUCUUCUGUACAACAGCAACCACAAGCAUUCACUUUAGGGUCACCUUUAUCAAAUCAUAGCAAUCCCGAACAAUUUAUGUCAAAUUUAGCUAAUAUGCAUAUAUCACCUACAAAUACUGCAAAUGUUUAUACAUCACCUUUAAGUUCCAUGAGUGCACGCAAUAUUUCUGCCCCUAACCUUCAAGGUGAAAUGCAAAGAGAUUUUGCUGCUGCCCCUUCGUAUUCUUACGAACGACGACCCUCGCAUCAACAACACAUUAUUCCUCCCACUCUUCCUACCCGACCUCCAAAAGAGGCGAUACCUUCAUCGUCUUCAACUUCCUAUAUUGAAGAGGAAAGCGAUGUUGAUGAGAAUGACCCAAAUAGUGAAAUGAUAAAGCAACUUAUAAAUAUAGGAUUUUCAAAAGCACAAGCUAUUGACGC